AUGACCGGCACCGAAAAGAACGCCAUCCCGACCAACUAUAAAGAAAUCGAUGAAUGCGUUGACAACUAUCAUCAAGACGAACCACAUGUGCUUACCGAACGUCAGGCUCGUUUUAUGUUCAUGUGCGAUCCAUCACAAUUACCUCGCGAGCCCACAUUCGAUUCACAAGCUGCACUUGACAUCGAGCCCGUGCAUUCCGUGAAAUCCACUCCUCCUCGUGAAGAAGUCAUCGACGAAAAUGAGCCACCUGCAGAAGUGACAGCAGAGGAAACGGUAGAAAAACGUCGUCCUUCAACUUCACCGGAAAAACAAUCACCUCCCGUCAAACUAGCAAAUCGUUCGCCUCCCAGUGAUCCUGAAGUGCCUGCUCUUGUGCUUGUUCCGUCGCUUUCUCUAGAUUCACCAAUAACAUCUGAUGACUCGCCAAAUUUUGCUGCCCCGACCACCUUACUUGGAAAUGACGAAGAUAGCCCAACGGAUCGACCGAAAUCGCGACGUGGUAGCCGUGUUGGGGACGAGGUAUUGGACCUGCGUGAAGAAGAUGGGCCAUUGGAUAUGGAGAAGAACAACAACUAUAAUCUGUUACUACAGAACCUUGGUCGUGAGGAGGACGAAAUUGACCGACGGGAGCAGCUUGGGCGAUGGUCGAGCAGUGACGGUGAAGUGGACGUUUACUACAAGUUAAGUGACGAUGAGGAUAUGACGAUUCACGGUGACGAUUGGCCUAAUGUGAAACCCGCGGCAGGACUGGACAGAACUGAACCACGACAUGUGGUUGGUGACAGUGAAUCUGAUGACGAUGAUGACGUCGACGAUGAACCGCUGAAACGAAGUGACGCAGAUAUCGACGGCUAUGUCUACGAACGAUUACGAGAAGAACUCACACCUGUACCACCGGACAGCUAG